UGAAUCUGAGUGGAAAGUAUGACCGCCGUGGAUGACUUAAGAGCACUUUUUGCUGGUCAGAAUAUCAUCAGUGAUUUCAGUUUUGUCCCGAUAAAGAAGAAAAAAACGAAAAGAAGUAACCAUGUCUGCCGCUGCAACCGCCAUUUCUUCCUUGCAAGUCCCAUUUCUGAACUGCAACAAUGGCAAUUCGCUGCCCAGAAAUCCGCCAACUGGGUCGUUUGUUAAUUUGUCAAAUAUUUCCAUCACGACGAAAGGGUGUACUUCAUCUAUCAGAUGUCAAUCCACAAGCACGGAGAAACCCAAGACGAGGAAUUUGGUGGACAAUGCGAGCAACUUGCUUACGAAUUUCUUGAGUGGGGGGAAUUUAGGUUCAAUGCCGAUAGCUGAAGGGGCAGUGACUGACCUUUUUGAUCGUCCCCUCUUCUUCUCUUUAUAUGAUUGGUUCAUUGAGCACGGCUCAGUGUACAAACUUGCCUUUGGGCCAAAAGCAUUUGUGGUUGUGUCAGAUCCCAUUGUUGCCAGACACAUUCUGCGUGAAAAUGCAUUUUCGUACGACAAGGGUGUUCUUGCUGAUAUUCUCGAACCAAUAAUGGGCAAAGGACUUAUACCUGCUGAUCUUGAAACAUGGAAACAAAGGAGAAGAGUAAUUGCACCUGGGUUUCAUGCCUCAUACUUGGAAGCGAUGGUCAAGAUAUUUACUGACUGCUCUGAAAGAUCGAUAACGAAAUUUGAGGAGCUUCUAGGAGCACAAGCUUUAAAUGGUGGCAGGGAACCAAUUGAGCUGGAUCUUGAAGCUGAGUUUUCAAAUUUGGCUCUGGAUAUCAUUGGCCUUGGUGUAUUCAACUAUGACUUUGGCUCUGUCACAAAAGAAUCGCCUGUUAUUAAGGCUGUUUAUGGUACACUUUUUGAAGCUGAGCAUAGAUCCACUUUUUACAUUCCUUACUGGAAGAUUCCUCUGGCAAGGUGGAUAGUUCCUAGACAACGGAAGUUCCACAGUGACCUUAAAGUUAUUAACGACUGCCUUGAUGGACUGAUAAUGAAUGCCAAAGAUACUCGAGAGGUAAAGAUAAUGACCAACAUGUUUAACUUUAGGAAGAAGCAGAUGUUGAAAAGCUGCAGCAGCGGGACUACUCAAACAUCAAAUUUGCAGGAUGCAAGUCUCUUGAGAUUUCUUGUUGACAUGCGGGGAGAUGAUGUGGACAACCGUCAGCUACGAGAUGACCUGAUGACAAUGCUUAUUGCUGGUCAUGAGACCACCGCUGCUGUUCUUACAUGGGCGGUUUUCCUUCUUGCACAAAACCCCUCCAAGAUGAAGAAAGCCCAGGCAGAGUUAGAUGCAGUUCUGGGCCAGGAGAAGCCAACAUUUGAAUCACUUAAAAAACUCGAAUAUAUACGGCUUAUUGUGGUCGAAUCUCUUCGCUUGUAUCCUCAGCCUCCAUUGCUAAUCAGACGUUCUCUCAAACCAGAUGUUUUACCAGGAGGCUACCAGGGAUCCCCAGAUGGCUAUGCAAUCCCUGCCGGGACAGAUAUAUUUGUUUCUGUGUAUAAUCUCCACAGGUCCCCACAUUUCUGGGACCGCCCGAACGACUUUGAACCAGAAAGGUUUCUCGUGACAAAGACGAAUGAAUCUGUCGAAGGAUGGGCUGGUUUUGAUCCGUCUAGAAGUCCCGGAGCAUUAUACCCUAACGAGGUGGUAUCAGAUUUUGCAUUGCUUCCCUUUGGCGGAGGACCAAGGAAAUGUGUGGGGGACCAAUUUGCGCUAAUGGAAUCCACAGUUGCAUUGGCCAUGUUGCUGCAGAAGUUCGAUGUGGAGCUUAGAGGGUCUCCUGAAUCAGUUGAGCUGGUCACUGGAGCAACCAUACAUACAAAGAAUGGGUUGUGGUGUAAAUUGCAGAAGCGAUCCUCAUCAUCAUAAGCCAAUCUCCAUUCAUGCUGUUUCCCUUUGUAAGAAGGAAGCUACUGCAACAUGAUCACUAUGGUAAAAAAAAAGGUCUGUAAAUUUCUUCAGAACACGAGCAUUCUGAUUGCGAGGGGUGAACCUCGUUCAUUUUCUUACUUAGCUGCCAUAUUUCAGACCUUGAUGCUAAAGAUUUACAUGUUCAGGUGAGGGAUAGGGUGUAUUUGCAUCCAUUUACCAAAGUAAAAAAAGCACACAUUGAGGAAAGGAAAUACAUCAUCACCAAAUGCAUAUAACUAUUAGCCGUUGAGAGAAUAUCACUUGAUACCACUCUGACUUUAUAUUUCAAAUUGCAUGACAAAUGAUCAGGCGACCAUUGUUUAUUUGACCUUUUCAUUUAACCAGUGAUGCCACAAACUCAUCAACAUUCCUCUCCGAACUCCCACCAUCGGCAACUGCUUCUCUUGCCAAUUUCCUCCACUUCUCUGAAUUCCUCCUCAUCUCCUCGCCACUCUCCCCUUCCAUCACUUCCUUGAUCCGUCGCCCUAUCUCCUCCUUCGUCACCACCCCGCUCUCCACGUCAGCCCUUGCACGCGCCCCCACGCGCCAGACAUCUGCCACGAACUUGGCGUUUGUCUGUUGAUCCCCCCACACUGGCAACGCCACCAUCGACACCCCAAGGCAGAGCGCCUCCAUCGUCGAGUUCCACCCGCAGUGGGUCAAGAAGCAGCCGAUGGAGCGGUGGGCCAGGACCUCCACCUGGCGGCACCAACUCACAACAAGCUGGUCUGAUGAAUCCAUUGCAAAGAGGAAGUCAGGCGGGAGUUUAUCUUCUUCGGAUUCACGAACCACCCAGAUGAAAGGGCGAGAGCUGAGCUGCAGGGCUAGGGCGAGUUCGGUGGUUUGGGUUUUGGAAAUGUCGGAUAUGCUCCCCAUAGAUGCAUAGAUGACCGAACCGGGUGACUUCGAGUCGAGCCACUGGGUGAUGGAUGUUUGCGAACCAUCCGGGUUGAAGAGGUUGAGCCCAUAUUCCGACCCUGUCUUGGGGAGGUCCAAUGGUUCUUUGUUGCUUAGAUAAGCUGAUGGAAUCGUCGGACCAAUCGACUUUAUCGGGAUCAACUUAUUCAUCAUCCAGUCAAGUAGCUUAUCUUCCAAGCUAUAGAAAGUGUUGCAAAAAGCCCAAUCGGCUUCCCUAACGGUGGAGAACUGUCCCCCCAGCAUGUCAAUUGCCACCGCAUAACUCCCCGGAUCCGCAACAAACGACGGGAGAUCAUCCGUCGCUAAUAAUACCGUCUCCGAAAGUCCCUCCACCGCAACCAACCCAUUCUCGUCCACCGCCGGCGGAGCCUCCAGCCUCCCUUCCACGACGUUCAAGUACACGGCAUUAACCGCCAUGGGCUGCGUGAAAAACGCCGCCCCGACCAUCCCAAGCUCCUUCGCCACGUGGAGGGCCCACGGCAUGAUCGAGUCGUACACCAGGCAGCACGGACCUGCAGCAGUGCCUGCAGGUCCGCGCAGCCUGGUCACGAAGUCCCGCAGCCCCUGCUCAACGAGGCUGCGGAACUUCUCCAGGAAGUGCUCGUCAAGGGGGAGCCCGCCGUCCGAGAUGAGCUCCACGGCGACGGACCCCACCGCCGAGCCCUGCAGGAUCAGCUUCUUGUCGGUAAAGACGACGAGGGUGACGGCGAGACCUUUAGCGACGAGCUUUUUCGAGAACUGGAGGGCCGGGUUGAUGUGGCCCUGCGCUGGCCACGGCAUUACGAUGACGUGUGGCCUGUCUGUCGUCGCUAAAGGUUUUUGUGUCAUUUUUUCGUCCCCUUUUGUUGUGAUUUAGCGACGG